ACCCAGGACUUGCUGGUGCUUGGCAACACACACACAAAUUGAAGCGAGGGAACAAUCGUGGGCAGAUGUGUAGCCAAAAAACAGCAGAACGUUGGGAAAAAUUUGAUGAUGGAAUGAGUGAUCUAUAUGGGCCACGUUGGGUAGAGGAGCAUCCAGAAUUCGAUGGAUCUGUCAUCUAUGAAAAAGCUGGUAGAAUGCCACAUGGCAGGCUAGGGAUUGCUAAUGAGGCAUUUCACAAAGUAGAGAAGUCCACUAUUAAGUCAACAAGGAUCAAAGUAUCACAGCCGGAACAAUCUGGUAGUGAAAAUGAACGUCUACAGAGGGAAAAUCGCAAUCUACAACGGGAGAAUGAACAACUGCGAGGCGUGACACAUGUUGUGCGGGCUUUGACAAAUCAAGGAGGUCUAGACUUUGAUGCUCUGAUGCGGGAAGGUGCACAACAUGCGUCGGACACAUAUGAUUCUGAAUGGGAAUACUACAGUGGCAACGAUGGUCAAUAUGGAUCUGAACAUGGCACUGGAAGCGACAUUGACGGUGGUUACAAUCAUCUUGACAAUGAAGACGAUUGGGCAGAUUUUAAUUAGAGUUUUCAUUUCCUGAAGUCAUCAGAGAUGAAGCAAUGUUUCAAUGCCGCAGUCUAGAGAAAGAUUGAUGCUUCUAGCUAGUCUACAUCACCUAUCCCAAUUUGUUUAGGACAAAUUACUUCUGUUUACUUCUACUUUUGCAUUUCCAGAUUAUAUAGAUGGAUGAUCAAGAAAAUUAUUGUUCUUAUUCCAGAACCAAAACUUCAUACUUGAUUCUAUGUUCCUUUGUUGCGUGGGGUUAACUUA